AUUAUAGUCACUUAUAUGAGUGAUGAUGCUUUAGUCUCUGAUAAGAGGGAUCUUUCCACAAUGGGAGAGAUGGAGGUAUCUGCUUUAAUGGAGAGGUUGAUGGAGGCCCCUACUUUAAGAACAGAGAUGGAAACCCCUGCUUUAACAGAGAGGUCUGAAAGGACAGAAACUCCAAAAGAGUUUGACAAUAGUACAUGCAAAAGGAAAGGUGAGGGAAGCACAUCAGUAGUUCAGAAAAGUACAGGCAAGAGAAAACCUAAGGAAAGCACACCAGAUGCCACUACCAAGUCAAAAGGUCGAAAGGCAGUCUUAAGCAAAAAGGAUAUUAAUCUAAUUAUUCAGAAACUGCAGUCUUUGCGUAUCAGUGAUGAAGGCACACUGGUUCCCUAUCAAGGGACUAAGAAGAAAAAAUCGUCGAAAGUUGACCUAGACUCGGAGACAUUGAGAGUUUGGAACUUGCUGAUGAACAUAGAUGAUGGCGGGAGUGAAGAGGAAGCAAGUGAAGAAACUGAGAAGUGGUGGGCAAAAGAGAGAGAAAUUUUUUUUGGUUAUGUAUCCUCGUUUAAUGCGCGUAUGUAUCAAAUACAAGGGGAUAGAGGCUUCAGAAAAUGGAAUGGUUCAGUUCUGGAUUCAGCAGUAGGAGUUUUCCUAACACAGAACGUAUCAGACCACCUUUCCAGCAAUGCCUUUAUGUCACUUGCUGCAAAGUUCCCCCCUCAGCCAACAUGUCAGAACAGAGCAAGUGAUGAAGUCCUGGAGAUCUUACGUAUCCAAGAGUCAGUUGGAAGAAGCAUAGCAGCAGAAUAUGAUGCUGAAGGUAACAAGUAUUUUGUCAGUGAACCUGAACCAGAAAGGAGUAUGGAAUUGGGAAGAGGAACAGAGACCUUGGCUGGUGGGGUAGAGGGAACAAGCUCCACUGAAAUUGAAGACAUUACAUCAGUGUGCAUGCCAAAUAGUUUGGAGACUUCUAGUGGUUACGGAGGCAGUCUACAGAUUAAAAACACAAACUUGCCAGAGGAAUCACGCUAUAACCCAAAUGUGAUAUUAUCAUGCAACAAGAAACCCGAAAAUGAAUGUAAUGAGAUGAAGCAUGGAAAUGAAACAUCCAGUUCAAAGAGAUCAGCUAACCUGAAAGGUAGCUGUGGACGUAUCUCUCCGUCCUGUUCUCAAGAUUCCCUUGAUAUGUCCCUUCGCACUUCCAAUCUGGAGGUAGAUCAUCCAGAGAUUUCAGAAGAUUUAGAGGUACAUAAUGAAGCCAAGCGUUGUGUACCCCUUGCACCAAAGGAAGAGGCAGAAGCUGAAAUGGGAGAAGUUUCCCAUGCUAGACACUGCUUCCAAGAGGAGAUGAUGAGCUUCCAGUCUCAAAAGACGCCAGUUGAUGCACCUGUAUUCCCUGUAGACAAAGCAGAACAAACUCAGAACACUACGAUGCACCAUGAUGAUGCACCUACCAUUAGCAAGAAAAGGGGUAGAGGGAAAUCACCAAAGAAAGAUGAAUCUACUUCAAGGGGAAAGAAUAAAAAUAGUAAGAAGGCAGAAGACAAUUUUGACUGGGAUAGUUUAAGGAUAAAGUAUGCCACUGGCCCAAGAAGUAGCGAUCAAAUGGAUUCUGUGGACUGGGAGGCAGUCAGGCUUGCAGACAUUGAAGAUGUAGCAAAUGCCAUUAAAGCACGAGGGCAGCACAGAGUAAUUGCAGGGAAAAUCCAAAAAUUCCUUAACCGAGUGGUUAACCUACAUGAAUGCCUUGACCUUGAAUGGCUACGAAACGUCCCACCUGAUUUAGCGAAGGAAUACCUGCUGAAAGUUGAUGGACUGGGGUUGAAGAGUGUCGAGUGCGUACGGCUUUUGACAUUGGAGAAUGUUGCCUUCCCAGUUGACACAAAUGUUGGUCGAAUAGCGGUACGUCUAGGAUGGGUUCCCCUCCAACCACUGCCUGAAGAACUUCAGAUACAUCUCCUUGAACAGUACCCUAUAAUGGAUUCCAUUCAGAAAUACCUCUGGCCGCGACUCUGCACCUUAGACCAGAAAACACUAUAUGAACUACAUUAUCAGAUGAUAACCUUUGGAAAGGUUUUCUGCACCAAGAAAAAUCCAAAUUGUAAUGCUUGUCCAAUGAGGGCAGAUUGCAGACACUUUGCAAGUGCAUUUGCAAGUUCAAGGCUUGCACUGCCAGGGCCAUCUGAUAAAAUGAAUGCGAGUCCAGCAGUUCCUGAAGGUUCAACUGCAAUUUUCGACCCCCUACCAUUAGUAUCUUCAUCAGAGGCUACACCAUUUCAUUGUUCUAGAUCGCAAAUCAAGAUUUGUGAGCCUCUCAUUGAAGAACCCAUCGAACUACUUCCAAAACUUGAAUCUCCACAAUCAGAGGAACCAGAGAUUGAAUAUGAUUCUGAAGGAAUUCCUAUUAUCAGACUAAAUCUUGAAAACUUUAAGGCAAGUUUGUGCAGCUACGUGAACAACAGCAAUAUCACGUUUGAAGAUGGUGAAAGUUCAAAAGCAAUAGUUGCUUUGACUCCAGAAGCAGCUUCAAUUCCUGCCCCGAAACUGAAGUAUGUUAGCCGGUUAAGAACAGAGCAUCUAGUUUAUGAGCUGCCACGAAACCACUUUCUUCUAGAACAGCUAGAACAAACAGAAUCUGAUGAAGAAGUGCAGUACCAUCUUGCUAUAUGGAGACCAGGUGAAACUGAAGACUCAUUGGUGCCACCAAAGAAAACAUGCAAUUCUAUGGAGUUUGAGCUUUGCAAUGAUCAAACAUGUUUUUCAUGCAACAAUACUAGGGAACAGAAUGCCAACAUAGUCCGUGCCACUCUUUUGAUACCUUGCAGAGUAGCAAUGAGACGUAGCUUUCCACUGAAUGGAACAUACUUUCAAGUGAAUGAGGUAUUUGCUGAUCAUGAAACUAGUCUUCGACCCAUUAACAUUUCAAGGGAUUUGAUAUAUAAUCUCAGAACUAGAACUGCAUACUUUGGAUCGUCAGCAACAGCAAUAUUUAGAGGUUUAUCAAUGGAAGAAAUUCAGAAAUGCUGUUGGAAAGGGGUUAUUUGUGUGAGAGGAUUUGAGCGUAGUACAGGGGCUCCUAGACCACUCGUAAGAAGAUUUCACUGCUCACCAAGUAAGAUGGAGAAGGUAAAAAGAGAGACAAGGGAAGAUGGGAUGUCCAAUAAAGGUAGCAAAAGGAAAGCAAAAGAAACACGACAUAUAAUUGAUGACAGAACCUGAAACGAUUUUCAUUUCAAUCCUCAAUUUGUAAAUAAUUUAUCAUUACCAAAUGAGUGGUAUAUAUUUCCAUUUGUAAAUUUUUGACAAAUUUACAUCAAUUUGUAAAAUAUUUCCAUUUGUGAUGGAUGGUAUUUUUUA